AUGUCGAACCUUCCCUCGGACCCUGCGAACCCCUCCGACGCUCAUCCUACCUCUUCAUCUCCUCCAGAGACCAUGUCCUCAGCUACGCCCGAGCCUUCACUGCCCUCGCUUGGCCCCCAAAGAACCGACACAAACACCGCCAUGGUUCAAUCGAUGAAUCCUCCUCCGCCUUCUACUACAGCCGCCGAACCCCAGCAGAAGAUAUCAAGACAAUUUUCCACCGCGAUUGGCCCUUCCACAGACGAGGCAUCGCCUGCUCCCCCCGCAAAAGAUGAAGCAUCAGCAACUACUGCUGUAGGGCCGGCGUUAACGGUGACCCUGCUCCUGACUUCUGGAGCACGACAUCCCUUCAAGCUGGACAAUAAGUAUUUCGCCAAGCGCAAUGUCGAGGUGCCGGAAAAUGAUCCGUUCAACCUAAGUGUCUACAAGCUGAAGGAACUGAUUCUGCGCGAAUGGCGGGAAGAAUGGGAGACAAAACCGUCCAGUCCUACUUCUAUUCGGCUGAUAAGUAUGGGCAAGCUGUUGGAUGACAAGGCAUCCCUAAAAGAUUACAAGUUUUCAAUCGAUGCACCGAAUGUGCUGCACAUGACAAUCAAGCCGCAAGACUACGUUGAGGAAGAAGACGCCAAAGGUGGCAAAUCCACCUAUUCAGCACACCGCGAGGGUGAGGGUCGAAGCCCUGGCUGUCGAUGCAUCAUUAUGUAA